AUGGUACGAUAUCACCAGAACGGUGCCAUUGUGCAGGAGUUGAUCAAUGGGAAGGUGGUGUCCGGCCAGUGUAAGGAUCAUCCUGAAUUUCCAGGAAAUGCAGACAUGAAACUGUAUCGCUGCUGGGUCGAAGACUAUGAGGUCAAUGAAUCCCGUCAUAGCAGCAGUGUGUCCCAUAUCCGUGAGGCUGAGGGGUCGUAUGGUUAUGAGAGCACCCCACGUCUUGACCAGCAGCAAGGGAAUGGGAAUGGUCGUGGUGGCAAUGGGGCAAAUCCAAAACCGAAACCAAAGCCCAAAGCAAAGAAGGAAAAAAGUGAAGACCAACUGUGCAGAGCUGCGGUGGUGAAGGUCAACGCCAAUCUCUUGGAAAUUUCCACCUGGCAAUGCAAACUACAGGCUGCUGGGGUGGCUGCAGUGGUGGCAACCGCGUUUGUCGACCAGAUGAAAUAUGAGGCGGAGAACCUUCGCAAAGCGAAAACUGCUUUGGAGUCAGCCCUUGCAUCUGGCACUGCGACCGAACAGGCUCGCAAGGCAACGUCAUGUUUGGAGCUGCAGAAGAGCGCAGCAGCCUCUGUGCAAGAGGCCAAGGCAGGAUUGGACCUUGCAAGAUUUCCGAUCUUGAUCAUGCGGUGUGCUUUGGCAAUCCCGGACUAUACACUGAUGAGGAUCUACCAGGUCAUUGCGUGGAGCUUUCGGGAGGCGUUGCAUAUUGUGUUGAAUACCGGGGUGGACACGGUUCGGAAGAACAUUUCCAAGGAGGAGUACCAGUAA